CUAGAUAGGGGGAGAGUCUAAGUGGUGAGGAGUGAAACCAUUACUUCGUUGUGCGUCUAUCACCAUGGUUGACACGCGUACCGGAACGAGCACCUCCCCUUCCACAGCAGAGCAAGAUGCGAAAGUCGCCGCCAUCCUGAAGGAGAGAAGGGAGAAAAAGGAGGUCAAAAAGAAGGCCUUGCUUGAGGAACAGGCGACGAGGAAGAAGAAGGUUGAGGAAGAGAUGACAAAGGAACUGGAGAGGUUGAAAAAGGAGGAGGAAGAAAAACUUAAAGCGGUAGAGGCAAAAGAAGAGACGUACUUCCGCCUAGAGAAAAAUGGGAAGGUGGAGAGAGUUCUCCAUUCCCUGACUCUCCUCGUAGAGGACAACCUCCCAUUUGACAUAGUCCUAGGAAUGGACUGGGGAGAGGCAGCAAGAGCCACACUUCUUCUGAGAGAGCAUGAGUGUAGGCUCCCUAGUCCAUCAGGCAAGGUGAAGACUGCUCGUCUGUUUCAUGUGUCAGGAGUAGACAACUCCUUAGCACAUUGUUGUCUCAGCACUCCUGCAUUUGCGAGACUAGUGAAGAAGGAGCAGCUAGAAGAACAAGUUUUUGUAGCUUACGUUAGACCAGUUACUGAGCCUAAAGAGGAAAAACCCAUAGAUCCCGCUAUUGCCAAGCUGCUGGAAGAGUACACAGAUUUAGCUAGACAGCCAACAAGGGUAGUCUUGCGGCCCAUCCAGCAUCGCAUUGAGAUAGAGCCUGGCAGUAGGACUCCUAAAGGAGCAGUGUAUCGGAUGUCCCCGUGCGAGUUGAAGGAGUUGCGCAAGCAGUUAGAUGAACUCUUAGAGAAGGGUUGGAUUAGACCCAGUUCGUCUCCAUUUGGAGCACCUGUUCUAUUUGUCCCCAAGAAGGAGGGAGAGCUUAGAAUGUGCAUUGACUAUAGGGGUCUUAAUGUUAUUACAAUGAAGAAUGUGGAGCCACUGCCCCGUAUAGAUGAUCUUUUAGAUCGGGUGCAGUUUUGCAAGUACUUCUCGAAGAUAGAUUUGAAGUCCGGAUUUCAUCAAAUAGAGGUUCACCCUGAUGAGCAGUAUAAGACUGCAUUCCGGACUAGGUAUGGGCACUACGAGUUCAUAGUUAUGCCCUUUGGACUAACCAACGCGCCAACAACUUUUCAGCGUUGUAUGAAUGACUUAUUUAGGUCGUGGUUAGAUAGGUUUGUAGUAGUCUACUUUGAUGAUAUUCUAGUGUUCAGUAGGACCCUCCAGGAGCAUGAGGGUCAGCUGAGGCAGGUCUUGGAGAAGCUGAGAGAGGCUAACUUCAAGAUCAACGCAAAGAAGUGUGAAUGGGCAAAGACCCAAGUUUUGUAUCUAGGCCAUGUCUUAGAUGGAUACGGCAUUAAACCAGAAGAUAGCAAGAUCGUAGCGAUUAGAGAUUGGCCUACACCCCGCACGUUGACAGAGUUGUGGUCGUUCUUAGGCCUAACUAACUAUUACAGGAAGUUUGUGAGAAACUUCUCCACCAUCGCUGCACCCCUUCGCAGGUUACUGAAGAAAGAAACAAUCUGGAAGUGGAACAAGGACUGCACGUCUGCCAUGAAGAAAUUGAAGCAGGCAUUAAUAGAGUACCCAGUCCUUAAGGUAGUCGAUCCGUCCUUACCUUUCGUCGUCAUCACUGACGCGAGCCAGUAUGGUAUAUGUGUUGUAUUACAGCAAGACGAUGGCAGUGGCUAUAGACCCGUAGAGUUCAUGUCUGCUAGGAUGCCUUCGGAGAAGGUAGCGACAUCCACCUACGAAAGGGAACUCUAUGCUUUCAGGCAAGCAUUAGAACACUGAAAGCACUACUUGCUUGGGAGACACUUUAAAGUCUAUUCAGACCACGAGACGUUACGGUGGCUGAAGACUCAGGCCAAGAUGACACCUAAGCUUACUAGGUGGGCCGCAGAGUUAGACCAAUAUGAUUUUGAGCUCAAGCCUAUAAAAGGAAAGUAUAAUGUAGUUGCGGACGCUCUGAGUAGGAGAGCUGACUACUUUGGAGCAAUAGUUCACUAUUUGGAUAUAGGGAGAGACCUGCAACAGAAAGUUAGAGAGGCGUAUGCGCAGCAGCGCAGGACCCUAUCUAUAGUGACCUCCUCAAGACAGUAAAGGAGGCCCCUGAGU